AUGUCAACAUUAGUCAAGACUUCAACUGGUGAAGAGAUUGAGUUACAGACAUAUCCGCACCAGCGUAAUCGCGCUUUUACAAAUACACAGGAUGAUAUACCACUGGUAGGUCGCAAUGACAUAUAUAGCACUACCUAUACCAUCAACGAGCCCUCAUCAUCUUCUUCUUCAUCAUCAUCAUCAUCAUCAUCGUCAUCAACUUCUUCUUCUCCUGUAUCUGCAUCAGCAUCCCAUUCCUCGUCGGAUGAUAGCUUGGCAUCUCAAACGUCUCAUGAUCAUUUGUCAUACCCUGAUGGAGGAUUACGAGCCUAUUCGGUUACACUCGGCUCAUUUUUGGGCCUAAUUGUCAAUUUGGGUUUGCUAAACAGUAUUGGUGCCCUUCAAACCUACAUCAGUCGAAACCAGCUUUCUUCGCUCCUGGAGCUUAAUAUAAGUUGGAUUUUUGCUGUUUAUUUGUCACUAACAUAUGCAGGUGGACUCAUUUCUGGCCCUAUUUUUGAUCGUCGUGGUCCUAUGUGGCUUCUCGUUGCGUCCACACUCUUAAUAUUUGCUGGUUUGAUGGGUGCUGCAAGUAGUGUUGAAAUAUGGCAUUUUAUAUUGAGUUUUUUUAGCUUGGGUGUGGGAAACGGGUUAGGUAUGGGUCCUUUAAUUGGAGUUGUUAGCCAUUGGUUUGAGCGAAAUAGAGGUAUCAACACAGGGUUGGCCACGUGUGGUGGAUCAUUGGGUGCAAUGGUGUUUCCAUUGAUGUUAAGGUCGUUGUAUGUUAAGAUUGGGUACGUUUGGGCAGUGAGGGUAUUGGCAUUCAUUUGCAUUACGUGUAUGGUUGGAUCAAUAUUAUUGGUUAAGGAAAGAUUUAGAAAGGUUGGUAAAGUAAAAGGCAGUAAAGACGAUGAAGGAGAAGCAGAGGAGGAGAGGGAGGAGGGGGAUGAUCAGUACGUGCGUGGUCAAAGACAUGGUCAAGGACAUGGUCGGAUUGCUAGUCUGCAACGAGAAUCGAAAACCGAAAAAUUAAUCAAUUGUUUAAAGAAGAUGCUUAGAAUUGGAGAUUAUAGAUUCUUAUUCUUAAUUGUUGGUAGUUUUUUUGCAGAGUUGUCGUUGGUAUUGUUGCUCACGUACUUUGCCAGUUACUCUAUUGCACAGGGUGCUAGUGAAUCAACUUCGUACUUGUUACUUGUUGUAUGGAAUGCUACUGGUAUAUUUGGGAGGUUUAUACCGGGGUACAUUGGUGAUCAUUACGGGAUGUUCAAUAUCAAUUUACUAAUGAACAUUGGGUACAUGUUAUUGAUAUUGGUCCUAUUAUUGCCAUUUGGUCCUAAGAGUCAAGGUGUGCUUUGGACGUUUGCAGGCUUAGGUGGUUUCUGUUCUGGUUCCAUCUUGAGUCUUUUGCCAACUUGUUUAUUUCAAAUCACUCCUGUGAAUGAGUUGGGCAAGAAAUACGGGAUUGUGACAUGUUUGAUGGCAAUCGGCAAUUUGUUUGGGAUCCCCAUUGCUGCUGCUAUCAUUGGAGAUGGUUCGCAACAGGAGUAUAAUUAUUUCAUGGUAUUUGUUGGAGUGUUGGCUCUUAGUGGCACUGUGUUUUGGUAUUUCAGUAGAACCGCUAUUGUUGGACUCAAACUUAACGUCAAAGUAUGA